AUGCGAUUCGAUCCUGACAAUCCACAAGUUGCAAUCUACAACAUGCCUUUUGUUUAUCAUCUUUCGCCAAACAGUACUAUAUCAGUGAAGCAACUUGAGCAUGCACUCAAUCUCACUGUUAACAAACAUUUAUCGCUUCAUACAGCGAUAAUUUUCGAUUCGAAUAAAAAUAAAUUAAUGCAACGUGUUGUACAAGUCAAUGACAAUUAUAUGACAGCAUUUGCAUUUAUGCAGAGUACUUAUGAAACACAAGAACGAUUGAAUGAUGUCAUACAUGAAGAGAAACGAAAUCCUCAACUUUUUAAUCUUAGCCAAGGUCUUGUUUUUCGAUGUCAUCUUGUUUACUACAAACAAGUCUCUUCAAACAAUCUACUUUCUCAUAAAGAUAUAAUCAUCUUUAAUUUUCAUCAUGCAUCAUUUGAUUUUCCAUCAAUGGAUAUAUUUCUUCAUGAUCUCAAUCAAGCAUAUACAACAGGAGAACUAAUUGACAGUAAUGGUGAAAAUACGUUUACUUAUCUUGACUAUGCCAUUAUCGAACAGCAGAUGUCAAUGACUGGUGCUAGUAUGUAUUGGCUUGAUAUUCUUCAUGGUUGUAAUCUUGAUCGAUCAUUACCAUUACCGUAUGAUCGGUAUCGUCUUUCAAAUGAACAUCGAACUGGCCGUGGAAUAUCUGUUUCUUUUGAUUUUGAACAAGAUCUUUCCUAUGAGUUUCUUACUUAUGCGUCCACUAGCAACAUAUCACUUGACUAUUUAGUACUUGGUACUUAUUUUAUACUUUUGUUCAAAUUAACUAAUGGAGACAAUGAUCUAUGUAUUGGAAUGAACACACACGGACGUUAUCGAGAUGAGUUUAUAGCUAUAAUUGGCAUGUUUGUCAAUGCUAUUCCACUACGCUGCCAACUUGGUCCUCAUCUGAAUUUCCAUAAAUCGAUAGAUUAUAUACAAGAAUUAAUGACAAAUAGUAUGAGAUAUUCAUAUUUUCCUCUUCAACGUAUUCUUGGUCAACAUCCUCAUAUAUCAAAUCCUGCAUUUCUUGAUACAUCAUUCCAAUUUACAUCAUCUAUAACAUACGAUAAUAAAAAUAAAUUAAUGCUUGAUGAUAAUGAACUUACUUUAGCACCCUUUUCGAUUGAGAUCAGUGAAGGUGAAAUUAUGAGUAAAUUUGAUUUUAUUAUUAGUUUUCAUUAUUAUUUGGAUCUUAAUCAAAUCUCAUGUACAAUCGAUGCAUCGCAUGAUUUAUUUAACGUUGAAACUGUUAGUAAGAUUUCACAACAAUUUCAUUCCAUGCUACAUCAAUUAUCUGCAUCCAUUCAUAGUCAAAUAAAUCAACCGCUCUAUGAGUUGUCAUUAAUAUUACCAAAUGAACAGUUGCUUCGACAAUCAAUGAAUAAUACAGAAAUAUCCUUUCCUUCUCUAAUUUGUAUUCAGCACGAAUUUGUUUCUAAGGCAAUUCAAUAUUCGCAAAAAGUAGCUGUUGAACUAGAUGAGCAAUCUUUAACUUAUGGAGAACUCUUAUAUUAUGUUCAAGUAUUAUCUUUGAAUCUUCUUAAUGAGUCCCAUAUCUCUCCAGGUGAAGUCAUUUGUCAAUGUGUUGAGAGAAGUAUAACAAUGAUUAUUGGUAUAAUGGCCAUUGAAAUGGUAGAUGCCGUGUAUUGCCCACUAUCGCCGCGAGAUCCAAUAGAUCGUUUGCAUAAGCUUAUCGAACAAACUCAAAGUCAUAUUAUUCUUGUUCAUUGGUUAACCAAGAAUAAGAUAAAUCAUAAAUAUAGAUCAGUAAAUGUUGAUUUAAUAUUGGCUAAUAGUGACGCACAUAGCUAUAUAGUCGUUGCUCAAUUAUCAAACAUCAUAGUGAGAGCAGAGCAUAUUGCAUACAUCAUUUUCACAAGUGGCUCCACUGGAAUACCGAAAGCGGUUCAAGUUCGACAUCGAAAUAUCAUAGAAUAUAGAGAUUCGAUUGUUUUUAUCCACUGGAUCAGUAGAAUUGAUGUCCUUCUUCAGAUUGCGCAUUGUUCGUUCGAUCUUCAUGUGCAAGACAUAGCGUGUAGCCUUACGACCGGAGCCUCUCUUGUUCUUCUACGUCCAAGAGGAAUUCUCGACUUUAACUACCUUCUUCAUACGAUACGAAGGAAAAAUAUUACUUCCAUUACUACUGUUCCGACUUUGCUUCAACAUUUGUUUACUUUUGCACGGCAGAUGAAUGAUCGUAAUGUCCUGGAAUGCCUUCGUUUAGUUUGUACUUGCGGAGAAAUCUGUACAGUGAAACUAAUAACACUAAUGUCGAGCACUAUGACAAAGAAUUGUAAACUCAUGAAUGCAUAUGGCCCAGCCGAAACGACCAAUGGUUGUACUAUUCAUGUUUUGGAUCACAAUAUGAAAAGCGAAAACAUUCCAAUUGGACGACCUCUGGCAAACUAUCUGCAUAUAAUAUUGGAUCAAUAUUUGCAAAAUGUGACAGUCAACCAAGAAGGAGAGCUAUUUGUCGGAGGAGUAGGGGUCUUUGCUGGCUAUCUUGGACGUGAUGAUUUAACAAGCAACUCACUGAUUUAUAUCGAUAGUUUAUUAUUUUAUCGAACCGGAGAUCUUGUCAAGAUAGAUAAUAAUAAUAAUAUACAUUAUCAAGGAAGAAAAGAUCAUCAAAUCAAACUACAUGGACAAAGAAUCGAACUUGGUGAAAUUGAACGGUGCUUACUUAAUCUUACAUCCAUUUCUGCUUGUGUUGUAAUCAAAUGGAGAGAGGAUCACUUAGUUGCCUAUAUCCAAAGCUCUGAUAUCACUGAAGAACAACUACAUAAAUAUUGUCGAUCGCAUUUACCGCCACAUAUGAUUCCAUCUCGUUUUAUUAUCCUACACAAACUACCUCUGAAUUCAAAUGGAAAAAUAGAUCGGAAACGUCUUCCUGCGCCUGAGUUCGCAUCACUUAUUUUAUCUAAAGAAGAUCAAUUAGAUAAUCCAUUGAAAGAGUUAGAACGAUGCAUACUCGAUCUUUGGCGGCAAAUACUUCAAUGUGAGGGAAAGUAUAUCUCAAUAAAUACCAGCUUUUUUACUAUUGGGGGCCAUUCACUUCUAUUUAUUGAACUUUAUUAUCGCUAUCAAUUAUUGUUUAAUUUUGACAAUCGUACAGUCUCUAUCGCUUCGUUUCUUCAGCGUCCAACUGUAUUUCAACAUGCCGAAAUACUUAAAACAGUUACUCACAAUGAUAUAACAGAAACUCAAUGGCAUACACUGCACAUCAAUCAAGGUAUUGCCUCUUUUGCUCAAGAACGUAUUUUUAUUGAUGAGCAAAUUCGCUUUUCAAAAAGUAUUGCUAUUUACAAUGAAUUAACCGUUCUAAGAGUUGUUGAAGGAUCGUUAUCAUUAAGUCGUCUAUCAAAAGUUUUUCAAUAUAUUUUGACGAAACAUAAAAUAUUGCGAACAUCUCUCAGAUUUAACAAGCAUCAUACCAUUUUGGAGCAACACAUCACUCAUCAAAAUAGUUCAUUUGCAAUAGUCCAAGGUCAAAUAUACAAGGAUGAAAAAGAACUUCAAAACAUAAUUUAUCAAACAGUUACCGAUGCUAACUUAUUCGAUUUAUCAGAAGGUCGUGUUUUUUGCUGUCAAAUAUUUAGACGCCAAAUGCCAUCUCACCAAAACAGUAGUGCAGAAUUUGUAGGAGACGGCGAUAUACUUGCUAUUGGUUUUCAUCAUGCGGCAUUUGAUCGAUCAUGUUUUCCAAUAAUCUUCAAGGAAAUAACGUUUGCUUAUAAUAAUGAUGGAAAUUGGUGGGAAAAAGAGAUUGAUGAGAAAUCAUUGGAAUAUAUUGAUUACAGUGUACACGAACGUUUAAUCGACUUGACACCAUCACAAAACUUUUGGCGUACUCAUCUUAAAGAAUAUGACUUUGAAACUAAAUUGUCAUUGCCAUAUGAUCGAUCUCGUUGUUCUGAUACGAGAUCAUCUGCUGCUGCUUCUGUUAGCCGUUUCUCUUUUGAUCAACAUGUUUCACAAUCAUUUGUGAAUUAUGCAUCAUCUCAUCACGUUACUCUAUUUCAGUUAGGCUUGGCUACUUUCUAUGUAUUUCUAUUCAGAUUGACUCAUAGUAUACCAGAUAUCUGCAUCUCUACCGUUCAUGCCAAUCGUCAUAGACAUGAGUUGCAAAACCUAUUUGGAAUGUUUGUAUCAACAUUACCAUGUCGUAUUCAAUUUAAUGUAGAUUCGUCAUUUGACGAAUUUGUUCAACAUGUAAAAGAAACAGGCUUAUCAAUUCUUGAACACUCUCAUUACCCACUUCAAUAUAUUCUCAGUGAUUUUCGCCUCAAUCAAUCUAAUCUUGGGUUUCUUGAGACAAUGUUCGACUUUAUCAUUAUUUCCGAAAAUGUGACCUAUUUAUCGAUGGGUGAAACAAAAUUACAGCAAGUAUCAUUAGAGCAAUCGUAUGAAGUAGCUAAAUUCGAUUUUAUGUUAACGUUUCUCUAUUAUCCAACGUUAGAAAAUGAUGCAUUAUCCCUCAAUUUUACAUGUUCUCGUGAUUUAUUUGAUGAGAAAACUGUUUCACGAAUAGCUGAAAGAUUUUCAUAUUGUAUUGAACAAUUGUUUUCAUCAAAACAACAAAUGGACGAGGUGGACUCAUGUCUGAAAAUUAUAUCACAAGUUAAUCUUAUACUACCACAUGAAACUAGAGAGAUUGAUGGCGUUAUACUUCAGUCACAAUUAAAUAUCCUGUAUGAAGGUAUGUCAAUCAUUUAA